AUGGACAAGCACAAGUCAUCGCACAAAUCUCGGCAUAAGGAUAAAAAGAAGCACAGUAAAAGAAGUUAUUCCUCAGAUUCUUCAAAAGCUAACAGUUCACAGUCUCGUUCCCGAUCAAGAUCAAGGUCAAGAUCACCAGAAAACAAGCAAAAGAAGAAAUCAAAAUCUAAACAUAAGAAAAAAUCUUCAUCUUCAUCGAGUUCCUCCUCAACUUCUGACAGUGAUACUGAAUCUAGUCUACAGAAACGGUUGAACGAAAUUGACCAGAAAAAACUUGCCCAAAUCGAGAAGCAUCAAAUAGAGAAAAGGCGCCGGAAAGAAAUUAUAAAGUCAACUGAAACCCCAGAAGAGAAAAGAGCACGAAGAUUAAGUAAAAAGGAAGCAAAGGAAAGGAAACGAAAAGAGAGAAUGGGUUGGGAUCAAGAUUAUUUGGGUUAUACCAAUGCCGAUAAUCCAUUUGGUGAUGAACAUUUACUGGACACGUUUGUUUGGCAUCGGAAAAUGGAGAAGGAAGGGAAGAAAGGUCUUUUGCAGGAAGAACUGCAGAAGAUGCAGAAGCUAAAAAUGGAAGAAAACCGACGUGAACUUGAGAAAGUCAAAAAGAGACGACUCGAGCGAGAAAAAGAACAGGAAGAAAGAGAAAAAGAACGAGAAAGACUGCAACGAGAAAAAGAAGCAGAAUAUUUCCGAGAGUGGGAAAAACAAGAGGAUAGUUUUCAUUUGCACCAAGCAAAAAUGAGGUCAAAAAUUAGAAUUCAUGAUGGCAGAGCCAAACCAAUUGACCUUUUAGCAAAAUAUAUAAGUGCAGAAGAUGAUGAUCUUGCCAUUGAAAUGCACGAACCAUACACUUAUCUUUAUGGACUGACCAUUCCUGACCUUGAAGACUUGCUGGAAGAUAUCAAAGUGUAUCUCCAAUUAGAACAAGGCAAAAAUGCAGAUUAUUGGAGAGACAUCAUCACUGUUACAGAGGAUGAGGUCAACAAACUCAAGAAACUUGAUCCCACCAGCAGAGACUAUGCUGGUGACCGUCGUGAAGGAAUCAACCAAUCUGUUAGUAGUGAAGUAUCCAAUAUUUUCAAAGGCAAAACCACCAACCAAUUACUUCUGCUUCAAGAGCAAAUGAAAAAAAAACUUCAAGGUGGUGAAGGGGUUGAUGUUGGCUAUUGGGAGUCAUUGUUGUCACAGCUGAAUGCUCACAUUGCCAGGACACGCUUAAGAGAACGUCACCAAGAAGUUUUACGACAGAAACUGUUCAAACUAAAACAAGAGCAAGGCAUUGAAUCAGCGCCUUUGUUUCCCAUCUUGGGUUCCAAUGAGAUGCCUUCAAGGAGCAUGAGCCGUACUUCUUCCCAUCUGAAUGAUAACAGCCAAGACAGGGUGAAAAGGGAGAAAAGUCCUUAUGUUGAGGCUACAAGCUCUGACCGUGCACAGGAUACAGGAGAAGCAGUACACAGCCCCAGAGAAGAGGAUGAGAUGGAAGAUGAUGAAGAGGAAGAAGAAAAUAAUGAACCAGUUUUCACUGAAGAAGAUUUGGCCCUCCAAUGCCAGGACGAGUAUGUCACUGGCAAUUAUUCUCCACGGAUGUUGAGGGUAGAAGAAUUGGAGAUUGAUGCCAUAGUCUAUGAUCCUGUGGAUGAUAUGAAAAAAUUGGAGCUGGCACGAGAACAAGUCCGCACCACUGGCAGAGUGAGGUUGGAUGGUGAGACAGAAUUUGAGAAGAAGGCCCGUGAAGGUAUGGGAGAUGAUGAGGCUCAGUUCAGUGUGGAAGUUGCUCUUGAUCAACAAGCUUUCCUCUGGUCAGACAAGUACAGACCUCGCAAGCCUCGAUUUUUCAAUAGAGUGCAUACUGGCUUUGAAUGGAACAAAUAUAACCAAACCCAUUAUGAUAUUGAUAACCCCCCUCCUAAAAUUGUGCAGGGAUACAAAUUUAAUAUUUUCUACCCAGAUUUAAUUGACAAAGCAGAUACACCAGAAUACACACUGAUUCCUUGUGUUGACAACAAAGAUUUUGCUCUCUUGCGGUUUCAUGCUGGUCCUCCAUAUGAGGAUAUUGCUUUCAAGAUUGUGAAUCGUGAAUGGGAAUAUUCAUAUAAAAGAGGUUUCCGAUGUCAAUUCCAGAACAACAUUUUUCAGCUGUGGUUCCAUUUCAAACGUUACCGUUACAGACGAUAA